AUGUUUUGUGUCAAUAUAAAGAAGUUUGUGGAAAACCGGCAAAAAAGUAUAAUUCUUCUUUUACUCGUUCUUUUGAGGAUUUUAAUUGCAAGUAAAAGAAAUGGUUAUUAUGCAAAAGGAAAUUUAAAUCAAAAAGAGGAAGGAGAAUGUUUUGUUUCUUCAUAUUUUUAUAGUUGUUUAAAUGAAGAAUUAAAUAUAUUAAAAUGCCCAGAAAAUUUGGUAUUUGAUAUAAAUAAAGUAUCUUGUCAAUAUAAAGAGAAUGUUUGUCCAAUAAAACAAAAACAAAAUAAAAAUCACCAACAAUAUACAGCUAAAUUAAUACAAAAACACCAAACAAUUCCUUUAAUUUAUCCUUCUCCCCUUCCACCAAUUAAUAUACAUCCAGCACCUUCACUAAUUUAUUCUGCCACUUCACAACAAGGAAUUAAAGGUAUUCAAUUACCUUCACGUCCAAUUAAUUUGCCAACCCCAACAAUUCUUUUUCUCCAACAAAACCACCAAUUACCACCAAAUAUUUGUCUAAAUAAAACAAUUAACAAAUUAUUUACUAAUUCAAAUAAUUGCAAUAAUUAUUUUUAUUUUUGUCCAACAAAGGAAGGGGAAUAUUUACAUAAAUUAGAUUGCCCUUUAGGGCUUUUCUUUGAUGAGGAUAAACAACAAUGCAAUUUUAGAGAAAAUAUUAAAAAUUGUGGAGGAAAAGGAAAUAAUUUAAAAAAGUUUUUUUAA